UUCCAGAAAUCAAACAAAACUAGUCUAGGUGGUCAUUCCAGGAUUUCCAGGAUGACUGUGUAGGCUUUUUCAAGCUCUUUAAGGAUUCUAUGGUCUUUGACAUGCUUCCAGGAUUCAUUGAACGACAUCUGGGGUCCUUCCAGAGUUUCCAAGGAUCCUUAAAAGAGUUUCCAGGAUGAUGAUUACAGUAGAUUGAACGGGUCCUUGAAAGGGUACCAGCCGGCAUUCAAGGGUCAAGGAGCUCAAAAAAGUUUAGGAUGGUUUGAGUUCUCCGGAGGAGUGAGUCCUCCUCACGAGCAGAGAGGGUCUUUGCUCACAGCUCUCUGCAGCAGCAGGAGGAAACUUCAGACUGCAGGUUGAAGUUUGUCUGACGGGAAUCAAACCGACAACUCAGCCGCUCACACGCCGUUAUUUCUUCUUCUGUGAUCAUCACAGCAAGUACUUAGUAUUAAUACCACAAUACCAAGUACUGUCAGCUAAAAGUACUUAAAGUACCUUUCUCUUUGAAUCAGCGAUGAAGGAGCACAACUUUAAAGAGGAGGUGAUGAAGAUCAUGGAGGAGGCGCCGAAUGCCAGAAAAGCUCUGCAGGAAAACUACGACAACCUGCUGAGUGUGGCUGAUUACUGCUACAACAACUACGUAAAGUCAGGAGACGCCAGUUUGAAGGCGUUAGAAGAAACAAAGAACUUCACCACCCAAUCACUAGCCAGCGUUGCCUACCAGAUCAGCACUCUGGCCAGUAGUGUACUGAGUCUGCUCGACGCUCAGACCAAUCAGCUUCGUGAUAUGGAGUCUUCCAUCAACCUCAUUGGACAGACCGUGGAGAUGCACAAAGAGAAAGUUUCUCGGAGAGAAAUUGGAGCCUUCACGGCGGUGAGACGAGUUCCUCGCAGCCACAAGAUCCUUCCUCCAUCUCAACCUGCCGGUACACAGCCCCGCCCACCGUACAGCCGCCGACCAAUCAACUACCAGCUGCUGGACGGCAUGGGCCACGGCGUGAAGGUCUCUGGCAAACAGGCGGACCGAACAGGGACGAUCCGUAAACUUGGCACCUCCAUCAGGUCCAACAAACCACCGGAGCCGGUCCAGUGCCCGGUGGCGCCCCCUGUCAGCAGUUUUGGGAAACCUGUAGCUCCGCCCACCAUCCCCACCACCUGCCCGGCUCCACCCGAGUGUGACAUCAUCACCACGCUGCUGGACAACGCCCCACCUCCUCCUCCUCCUACAGCCAAUGAAACACCGGGUCAUGAUGAUGAGGUCACUAACACCUCAGCCCUGCCUCCUCCACCUCCUCCACCUGCUUCACCAGGACAGAUGGUGGCUCCGCCCCCUCCUCCACCACCUCUUUCAGAGGCUCUGACCAAUCACAGCACUCUGCCUCCAGCUCCACCCCUCCCCCUCGAGACAGUGGUGGAGGAAAACACCUUCCCCCCGCCCUCUCCUCCCCCCCCCCCUCCUCCCUCUGAUGAUGAUGGCUUCCCUCCCCUGACCAAUGACGGCUCAGAGCUGCCAGCCCCGCCCCCUCCACCUCCACCCAGCCAGGAUGUAGACGUGGCCCUCCCGUCCAGGAGGAGUCGCCGCCGUCGCUCGCCUCUGACCACUCGCUCCCUCUCUCUGAGGGUCCACUCUAGCCCUGCCUCCCACUGCCGCUACACGCGCUCUCUCUUCCUGCCUGCUGUCCAAUCAUUGAUGAUCCCCCCUCCUCCCCCCUACCCUCCCCCGAAUGCUCCUCCUCACCCCGCCUCUUCCUCCUCGCCUCAGCUCUGCUUACCUGCCCGCCUUGAACACCUGGAUCUAGAGCUCUCUGCCCUGCCCCCUCCUCUCCUAUUGGACGAUGAGGCUGCUUUUGAUGACAUCAUGCCGCCCCUCCCUCCACCAGUCGACUACGACACCAACACCCCCCCACAAUACCUGGACAAAGUGGUGGCACUGUACGACUACGAGGCCUCGAAACCUGACGACCUGUCACUCACCGAGGGCGACGUUAUCUACCUGACACGUCGCCAUGACGACGGCUGGUGCGAGGGCGUUCUCAAUGGCAACAGUGGCUUCUUCCCUGAAAACUACGUCCAGUCAUGUGGCUAGACCGAAGCCCCACCCCCUCUCCGAGGCUCCAGAAGUGUGUUUUUUGUUCGCUGUUGCCAUGGAGAUUUUACAAUCAGUGUUAAUGAGGUCAAACAGAAACUACCUGAUUUACCUGCACAGAGAUGAUGACAGAUUAGAUAUUAAUUAGGAAGAUAUGUAAAUGUAAAUAAUGUGUCAUGUGCACAAGAGUUUCUGAGUAAAUUUCUCAUCUUCUCAUCAUCAUUAAAUACUAAUAUAUAAAAUAAGACAGAAAUGAUUAAUUAAUUUUAAAAUAUAAAAACUAGUUCAAACUUCAACAGAUGACUGAAAAUAUUAAAGUUUUAUUUUUUGAUUAUUUGAUAAAAAAAAUUUUACACCUCUGUACUGAAUGCAGCGCUGCAGACUCAAACUGUAAAAGUAAUCGAGUAUUUGAGUAUUUGGGUAAUCAAGUAUCAAUGUUGCUCUUACUGAGAGUGAUUCAUGUGACGAAAUGAUUGUCUUAAAAUGAAUAAAUGAAUGAAGUCUGCCA